UGAUUACUUGACCUAAAUAAAAAAAUAAGGUGAUAUUCGUGAUCAGCAACUCAGGACGAAUCAGAAUAUAUGUGAAAAAAGAAAAAAAAAAAUUUGUGGAAACUUUGCAUUACUGGCACCUUACAUAGAUAUAUAUAUAUAUCUGUUGUCUAUCAUUUUGGUUUUACUAUUAAAGGACUCUUAGUAUUCGACUGAUUUUCUAUUUAUUUAAUUUGUUAAACUUUGUUCAACAUGAUAAACUUAAUUUAUCAAAUAGAACAGUCUGUAUGUAAAUAAUAAAAGUAGGAGAACAUGUUUGUUUUAAAUUAUUAUAUUGUAUUGAUGAAAUAUUCAAGUCAAACAUGAUAUUCAAUGUACAAUAACAUAAUCUGUUAUAUUCACGUUUUUCUUUUUCAAAAUGAUUUGUUAGUAAUGAUUAUGGUAGAAAAAAAAGAAUCUUCUCAAUAUGAGAAUUUUCAAAAAGAACGAAAUCUUUAGUAAAUAUUAUAUUUUUAAAUGAAAUAGCUUCCUAGGAUACCAAAGUUGUUAUAUUUACUUAAUUUAUAAAUGUAAAAUUAUUCAUAAUUAUCUUAAAUUGUAAUAAAUUUAUAUUACUAUGUUAAUAUCAUCAUUUCGGUUUGACUUCAUCGUUUCAUUUCUUAUUGUGAUUCUAAUUCUAUCUUGUUCUGGUAAUUAUUCUAUAUAGAAAAUCGAAUUUUGAUUUUAAAGCGUCUAUAUAUUAAGAUAGUUUCAAUUACAAUCGAGAAAAAAUGUUCAACAGAUGAUGAUUGUGAUCUUGAAUUAAUGUGUAAUAUUGAAAGUCAUACUUGUACAUGUCCUCAACCAUAUUUUUGGCAUGAAGAUAUUCAUGCUUGCUAUGGUUGUGCUCCUGGUUGGUUAAAAUUACAAACAAAUAAAUGUCUCCUAUAUGCUAUCAGCUAUUCGUCCGGUAUUACAUGGUAUGAAGUUAAGAAAACUUGCAAAUCAUUGAUUGCUCAACCAUUGAUGAUUAGUGAUAUUAAUGAAUUUAUAGAAUUACAACAUCAAAUUGAAUAUUUAUUAAAUGAAAAUGACGAAUUAGCUGCUAGUCUUUAUUUUUAUCAAGGUGCAUGGGUUCAAAUAAAUAAUGGUUAG